AUGAGUGCAAGAACAUCUGCGUCAUCGUUUGCGUCAUCGAGCGCAGGCGAGACUCCUCGCGCUGCUUCGACGGCGUUAGUGAUCAAUGCUCAAAGUGGCACAUCAAGCAUAGCUCAGCCACACGCUGCCUCACCAUUGAAGCCUGGUCGAAGGGAUACGCUGGAGGUGCAGCAAUCCAAAGCUUUGAGUUAUAUCUUACGCCACGGAGCAAGCAAGGAACAGCUCAAGCUGCGACCAGAUGGAUUCAUAAAAGUAGACGAUCUCCUACGCCGCCCAAAGCUAAAAGGACUCACUGUUGAAGGUCUACACGGAAUUGUAGCCAAUGAUGCCAAGAGACGAUACACGCUGGCUAGCGAAGUCGACCAGCUCACUGGCGGACCUUGUGAAUGGAUCAGAGCCAAUCAGGGUCAUUCGCUGCCUGUCGACUUCCUCGAGCUGAUACCGAUAGCAACCGCCGAGGAGCUGCCCGUUGCCGUUCACGGGACAUAUCUUCCACUCUGGGAAGUGAUACGUGUGCAAGGUCUAAAGACUAUGUCGAGGACGCAUAUCCAUCUCGCCCGCGGGCCACCGGGUUCGCCUGACGUUACUAGCGGCAUCCGGCCAAAUUGCAAUGUAUAUAUCUAUGUCGACGCCAAGGCAGCCAUGGCUGACGGAAUCGAAUUCUUUAGUUCGGCAAAUGAUGUCAUUCUCACUCGCGGCCAGAACGGCGUGCUUUCGCCCAGAUACUUCCAAAAGGUCUCUAAACCGGACGGAACACUUCUCGCAUGA